UGGAACUGUCAAUAUAUCCUUGCAUAUUAUUUUGUGUUGUCAAACAAAUCCAACUUAUUUCGUAUAGCGUGCUUGUUUUAUCAAUAAAAUCGCAAAAAAGAACAUAACUUUGUUGAUAGUCCAUAUUGAUCGCAAUAUAAACAGAAAAAUGUCAACAAACACCACCACGAGUGUAGCCACAAAGAAAUCGAUUCCGGGAACUGGUCGCAAAAAAUCCGGACCGAAAUUCGAGUUGUCGGAUGAGCAAAAGUCGGACAUUAAGGAAGCGUUCGAUAUGUUUGACACGGAAGGCACUGGCGUCAUUGACAUCAAAGAGCUGAAGGUGGCAAUUAGGGCACUGGGAUUCGAGCCGAAAAAGGAGGAUAUCAAGAAAAUGGUGGCCGAUGUCGACAAAGAGGGUACCGGUAAAAUUUCCUACGCCGAUUUUCUGCAACUGAUGACAAUGAAAAUGACGGAAAAAGAUUCCAACGAGGAGAUUCUGAAGGCGUUCCGGUUGUUCGACGACGAUGAUACGGGAACGAUUUCGUUUAAAAAUUUGAAACGGGUCGCUAAGGAAUUGGGUGAGAAUCUGACCGACGAGGAGCUGAAAGAGAUGAUUGAGGAGGCGGACAUGGAUGGUGACGGUGAAGUGAAUCAAGACGAAUUUUUGAGAAUCAUGAAGAAAACGAGCCUGUACUAGGGUGAUUGGGAUUCACCACCAUUUCUUCUUCGUACAUUUUUCUUCAUUAUUUAUUUCGAUUAAGUUACCGUCUGUGAUUCGGUUCGGUUUAUUUAUUUAUAAAAAUUUUGCUUGAAUCUAAAUUCUUUGUAAUUUGCACGCGUGUAGAAGGGUCUUGUCACAAAUCUCUUUUUUCUUAAGCUUCUAGUCUACCGAACAAUCUUGUCAGAUGACAACUAAGUAGAUUUACAUUAUAGGUCUGAUCUGCUUGAGAUAUAGCUGUAGACGUGUACAACUAAAUUUUAGAUAAAAAUAUUGUAAAAGAAACGGAAGUUUUUUUACUCCAAAGAGCCACGCAUUUUUUUAAAAUAUAAUUUAAUCGCUAGCGUUUAAGGAUAUUUUACUAAAAAUGAUCACUAUACAUAUAAUAUGAGAGUUGGACGUACGUACGAUUUUGUGUGUCUGUGAAAUUUAAAAUUUAAAAUUGGGAAAAAAAAUUGUUUGAAUGCCCAGCAUAAUACUAGUCGUUAUAUUUUACGAAUAAAUGGACAAAAAGACACUGAAAUAAAA